AUGGUUAGACCGAAGAGAGUCGUGAGAAAUCCUCGACGUCAAGAUGAACAAGAGGCAAAUGUAGGGGGAUGUGGUGGUAGAGGGGGACGUGGUGGUAGAGGAGGUCGUGGUGGCCGAGGUGGCAGGGGUGGUGCAAACCCUCGGGUGUCAACCGAGGUUAUCACUCAAGCCCUAAAUGAUCUCAUGCCGGAUCUAGUGGCCCGAAUUCAAACGGCCAUGGAAGUUAGAGGUCCCCAAAGAGAACCGGAAAAUGAAGCGGUUCACAAUGAAAAUGAAAGUGAAAAUGAAGGUGAAGACGAGAAUGAAGAUGCGAAUGGGGAGAAUAAUGAAGGAGAAGGCUUUGCGCGACCAAGGGGUCACAAUGUUUACCAACAGGGGUGUUUGUUUAAAGACUUUAAGCAAUGUGGGGCUCCGGAGUUUCAUGGAGAUGGUGGUGCUAUGGGUUGUCUAGAGUGGUUGGAAGCGAUUGAAGCGAUCAUUGUCCGAAGUGGUUGUGCUUACCACCAACGAAUUACCUAUGCCACCGGUAUGUUGAAGAGUGGCGCUCUUGAAUGGUGGAACGAGGAGGUUGAAGAAGUGGGGAUCGAUGUGGCUACAAAUCUUCAAUGGGGAGAGUUUAAAAAUAUGAUGAUUGCCAAGUAUUGCCCGGCCCAUGAAAUGAGAAGCUUGCAAGUGGAAUUUUCCAAGCUUGCCAUGAAGGGGGGAGACUAUGAGGGUUACACCCGCCGUUUUGGUCAACUCUCUAGGCUCAUUCCUCAUUAUGUGAAGCCCCAAGAAGUAAAGAUCGAGAAGUAUGUUGCAGGAUUGCCUCAUGAAGUGAGAAUGGUUGUUUGUCACCCCACCAUGCCAUUGACAUUCAAAGAAGCAACCACCCGCACCGCUAGUGUGACCUUAGAGCUCAUUAGGGGUGGUAAGUUGAGCAAGGGUGAUAACAAAAAGAAGGAGGUUGCCGAGUCAAGCGGCACUAAGAAAGAUGAUAGGCGUGACAAUAAGCGCCCUAGUCGUGGUGGAAAGGUUUUUGCGGCGGUUGUACCGGUGGUAGGUCCUCCAAGGGGUGGCUAUGCCGGGGCUAGUCCAUUAUGCCCUAGGUUUAACCGUCACCAUUGGACUCAUGUGGGAUGCGAUGCAUGCUUUCUAUGUAACCAACCGGGUCACACCAUCAAGUCUUGUCCUAAUAAUCGCUGGAAUGCUCCGUUGAAUGUUGCUCCUCCUAACAUGAGGCGUCCCUCGAUGGCCCCGGGUACUUGCUAUGAAUGUGGUAGCCAAGACCACUAUCGUAACCGGUGCCCAAAUCUCAUUGGCCAACAAGUUCAAGUGACCGUGCAUCCUAACCAACUCCAAAUUGCCGGUCCUAAUCAAAACCGUGGAAACCAAGGCCAACAAAAACAACAAGCUCAACAACGACAACUUGCCCCCCGUGGAAGAGCUUUUGCCAUGAAUGCGGCCGAGGCUCGUGUUGAUCCAAACGUCGUGGCAGGUACUUUUCUUCUCAACAAUCAAUAUGCCACCGUAUUAUUUGACUCGGGUGCCGAUUUUAGUCUUAUCUCCAAUGACUUCAUUUCGUUGAUUGAUGCUAGCCUUAGUCCUUUGUCGUAUUAUUUUAAACUUGAGAUGGUAAAUGGCGGGUUAACAAAAAUUGAUCAAGUUGUUCGUGAUUGUACCUUAGAGUUAUGUGACCACCCAUUCUUGAUAGACUUGAUUCCUUUCGAUAUCAGUAGCUUUGAUGUGAUCGUGGGAAUGGAUUGGAUGUCGGCCAUAAACGCGGUCAUAGAUUGUGGUAGUCGGGUGGUGAGAAUUCCAUUAGAUGAUGGGGUUGAGUUAGUAGUCCAAGGUGAGACAACUGAACCAUGGGAAGGAAAAGUUUAUAAUGUUAAUGUCACAAAAAUCGAAUUGAAAGUCGCGCCCGUGGUUAAUAGAUUCAUGGAUGUAUUCCCGGAUGACUUACCGGGUUUGCCUCCAUCUCGUGAACUUGAUUUCCGCAUUGAUCUUGUCCCAAAUGCUUCUCCCGUGGCCAAGGCACCCUAUCGCCUAGCCAUCACCGAAAUGCAAGAGUUGGCUACCCAACUCAAGGAACUCCAAGAAAAGGGAUUUAUCCGCCCUAGUCAUUCACCGUGGGGUGCACCGGUCUUAUUUGUCAAAAAGAAAGACGGUUCCUUCCGAAUGUGCAUCGAUUACCGAGAAUUAAACAAACUCACGGUGAAGAAUCGUUAUCCUCUUCCAAGGAUUGAUGAUUUAUUUGACCGACUCCAAGGUGCUCGUUUCUUUUCAAAAAUUGAUUUGCGGUCGGGUUAUCACCAACUACGUGUUCAUGAAGAUGAUAUUCCCAUGACGGCUUUUCUUACCCGUUAUGGGCACUUUGAAUUCACGGUUAUGCCUUUUGGGUUGACAAAUGCACCGGCGGUGUUCAUGGACUUGAUGAACCGGGUGUGUUCACCCUACUUGGAUCAAUUUGUCAUUGUUUUCAUUGAUGAUAUACUUAUCUACUCCAAGACGAAAGAAAAGCACGCCGGGCAUUUGAAGCAAGUCUUGGAACUACUUCGGAAGGAGAAAUUGUAUGCCAAGUUCUCCAAGUGUGAAUUUUGGCUUGAAGAAGUCCACUUUCUUGGUCACGUGGUGAGCAAGGAAGGAAUCCAUGUGGACCCAAGUAAGGUUGAAGCGGUGAAGAAUUGGAGACGACCCGAGACACCAACCGAGAUUCGCUAA